CGCCUGGCUGCAUCGUACAAGUUGUCCUCGCCACUCUCCUCAGCCCACUCGUCCCUUUCAACCACCGAUGCGCACUUAAAGAGUGACCGACUGGUUUCGCAAUACAAAAGACUCUUUCCUGUAUGUCCAUUGCUUGGAUUACGAGGAGAUUACAGUAACAACCGCCAUGGCUCUCCGCCGUCCAUUUGCUCUGCCCCGGCAAUUGCUGCGACCGGCAACUCGCACCCCCUUCGGAUAUAGCCAGGAACAAAGACGCGGACUCGCAACCACAGUUCCGCCAGUCACCCAAGAUGCAACUGGCUCUAAGGGCCCCACGGCAAUGGUCUUCCUGAACAUGGGAGGACCCUCGACGACAGACGAAGUGGAGGAUUUCCUUAGCAGACUCUUCGCCGACGGUGACCUAAUCCCGCUGGGCAAAUUCCAGACAUACCUCGGGCCUCUCAUUGCGAAAAGAAGAACGCCCAAAAUUCAAAAGCAAUACUCAGACAUUGGCGGGGGCUCACCCAUCAGGAAGUGGUCGGAAUACCAAUGCGAGGAAAUGUGCAAGCUGUUGGACAAAAUCAACCCGGAGACUGCACCUCAUAAACCGUAUGUUGCAUUUCGUUAUGCAUCACCUUUAACGGAGCACAUGUAUACAAGAUUGCUUGAAGACGGUUUUGGCAACGGUAAAGGCGGACGUGCUGUUGCCUUUUCGCAAUACCCACAGUACUCUUGUUCCACUACAGGUAGCUCUUUGAAUGAGUUGUGGAAAUGGAGGAAUCGGCUGGAGGGUAAGCGAGCCAAUGGUAAUGUGGACGAUUCUGGGUCGAUCCAAUGGAGCGUUAUCGAUCGAUGGCCCACGCACCCCGGUCUGGUGGAGGCUUUUGCGAAAAACAUUGAGGAUCAACUGAAGACCUACCCUGAGGAGAAACGAAAUGGCGUCGUUCUCUUAUUCUCGGCCCACAGUUUGCCGAUGAGUGUUGUGAACAGAGGUGAUCCGUACCCGGCUGAAGUCGCUGCGACUGUCCAUGCGGUGAUGCAGAGGCUCAAUUUCAGCAACCCAUACCGACUAUGCUGGCAGUCUCAGGUCGGGCCAAGAGCUUGGCUGGGGGCGCAGACGAGCGAUACAGUCCAGGAGUAUGUUAAGCGUGGACAGACUGACAUCGUCCUCGUACCAAUCGCAUUCACGAGCGAUCACAUUGAGACACUGUAUGAGUUGGACCUUGAAGUGAUGGAGGAGGCAAAUCAUCCAGGAGUCAAGAGGGCCGAGAGUCUGAACGGCAGCCCCUUGUUCAUACAAGCUCUUGCAGAUCUCGCUCAAGAGCACUUGCGUAAGGGCGAGAAGUGCUCUCUGCAAAUGACACUGCGCUGUCAAGGCUGCAAGAGUGAGCGGUGCCUAGAGCAGAAGAAGUUCUUUGCUGGUGAAAAGGAUGCUUCUCUGGUCGUCUAAGUUGUUGGGUGCGACACCUUCGUUCUGAUAAGGGUUCCACGGGGGUGGCUGGCAUUAAAAUGUACAAUAGUAUAUACAAUCUAUGGAGCUCGACACGGCGACCAAUCUGGCAGUGAACAAUGCGUUGUCAUUG